UGACGUGUGCCCUGCGCCUGCGCACUGUCCUCGGCAGGCAGCGCCGGGCAGGCAGGUAGGGAGGGAGCGGCGCUCGCGCGCCUCGGGCCCGAGAGGAGACAGCGCGGGGCCGGGCCGGGCCGCGCCGCCGAGGAGGAAUCAUGACGACCUCAGGAAAAGAGAAUUUCCGACUGAAAAGCUACAAGAACAAAUCUCUAAACCCUGAUGAGAUGCGUCGCAGGCGAGAGGAAGAAGGUCUUCAGUUACGAAAGCAGAAGAGAGAGGAACAGUUGUUUAAACGCCGAAAUGUUGCAACAGCUGAGGAAGAAGCGGAGGAGGAAGUGAUGUCAGAUGGUGGCUUCCAUGAGGCUCAGAUGAACAACAUGGAGAUGACUUCUAGUGCAGUCAUCACCUCUGAUAUGAUUGAGAUGAUUUUCUCCAAUAGUCCAGAACAGCAGCUUUCAGCUACCCAGAAGUUCCGAAAGCUUCUUUCUAAAGAACCAAAUCCCCCAAUAGAUGAAGUCAUAAGCACACCAGGAGUGGUGGCCAGGUUUGUGGAGUUCCUCAAACGAAAAGAAAACUGUACAUUACAGUUCGAAGCUGCGUGGGUGCUGACAAAUAUUGCCUCGGGAAAUUCCCUUCAGACUCGAAUAGUGAUCCAAGCAGGAGCCGUCCCCAUCUUCAUAGAGCUGCUUAGUUCAGAGUUUGAAGAUGUGCAGGAACAGGCAGUAUGGGCCCUUGGCAACAUUGCUGGAGACAGCACUAUGUGCAGAGACUAUGUAUUGGACUGUAAUAUCCUGCCCCCUUUAUUGCAAUUGCUUUCAAAACAGAACCGUCUCACUAUGACCCGAAAUGCUGUAUGGGCUCUAUCCAACCUCUGCAGAGGGAAAAAUCCUCCCCCAGAUUUUGCCAAGGUUUCACCUUGUCUUAGUGUGCUCUCCUGGCUGCUCUUUGUCAAUGAUACGGAUGUAUUAGCUGAUGCCUGCUGGGCUUUGUCCUAUUUGUCUGAUGGCCCCAAUGAUAAAAUCCAGGCUGUGAUUGAUGCAGGAGUCUGCAGAAGACUUGUGGAAUUGCUGAUGCACAAUGACUACAAAGUUGUAUCUCCUGCCUUACGAGCUGUUGGGAACAUUGUCACAGGAGAUGAUAUCCAGACCCAGGUAAUUCUGAAUUGUUCAGCCCUGCAGAGUUUACUGCACUUGCUAAGCAGCCCAAAAGAAUCUAUCAAAAAGGAAGCGUGCUGGACAAUAUCUAAUAUAACAGCUGGAAACAGAGCCCAGAUCCAGACGGUCAUAGAUGCCCAUAUCUUUCCGGCUCUUAUAAAUAUUUUACAAACGGCUGAGUUUCGGACAAGGAAGGAAGCUGCUUGGGCAAUCACAAAUGCAACAUCUGGAGGCUCUGCUGAACAGAUCAAGUAUUUAGUAGAACUGGGAUGCAUCAAACCACUGUGUGACCUCCUUACAGUAAUGGACUCAAAGAUUGUGCAAGUAGCACUGAAUGGGCUGGAGAACAUCCUGAGGCUCGGAGAGCAGGAAUCCAAACGCAGUGGCACUGGCAUUAAUCCUUACUGUGCUCUUAUUGAAGAAGCGUAUGGUCUGGACAAGAUCGAAUUCCUGCAGAGCCAUGAGAAUCAAGAGAUUUAUCAGAAGGCCUUUGAUCUGAUUGAGCACUACUUCGGAACAGAGGAUGAAGACAGCAGCAUUGCCCCACAGGUGGAUAUCAACCAGCAACAGUACAUCUUCCAGCAGUGUGAGGCUCCCAUGGAAGGCUUCCAGCUCUGAGGUGCCCCUGUGCUGUGUGCUCCUCUACCUAGCCAAUCCUGUUGUCGAGCCACAAGCCACCCGUGGAGUGAUUCUCUCAAUGUUUUCCAUAACCCUGUUUGCGCUCAUUCGCUUGCCUUGUGCACAUGCUCUUACAUACGUCUGGAAAACUUCUGGCUCUCCAUGGCAGGAUGCCCCCUCCUUGGCAAGGGGUCACCAGAAUCACCCUUCUCCUCUAGAUUCUGAACCUCUCCACUGUCAUCUUUGUGGAGUCAAGGCACCUUUCUACACUUUAAGAUAUUCCCUCUCCUAUUACAGGAAAAUAAUCCCUCUCCACUGGCCCCCACGCUCCUGGCAUCCAAGAUAAGACUGCCUUUCUCUUAUAUUUGCUGCAGUGUGUGCCUGCAGUCCAGGGAGACAUUCAGACUUUCUGAGAACGUAGCUGAAUUCAUUCCCCGUAUUCUUCCCUGGAUGCCUCUUUGGAUGGCUAUGAGAGAUGUGUUAAAUCUUCACAUGGCAAUGCAUCUACUUUGCUGUACGUGCCAGCUGGGGUUAUUGGCAUAUGGAACAUGUUACAAAUAAUGGAAUAAGUUCUCUGUCCCCUGCAACAACAGGCUGCAAUGGAUGUUUUCUGGUUCUUGAGAGUACUGAUCACAUCUGGCCCCGUCUCUUCUCAACACUGAGCUCCCAAGCUGGAUUGCAGACCACUGUGGAGAUUUGUAUACGUUCCCAGUUUUUCCUCUCCAUCCACAUAAAAAGAGCCUGUGAAUAGGUCACUCUCUCACCACCUCCCCAGACAUGACUUUCCAGACCAGCUUCUAGAACAGAGAAACUACCCCUACUUCUGCUUGCCAGCACAGCAUGAUCCAGCUGGGCCUUCCUUACAAAUCAAGCCCUUUCUGACUUCAUGCUCCAGAAUCUGGUCCUUGGUAUUGUAGUUAUGGCUGAAAAAUUCCUGUCUGCCUCUUUACAUUUUUACACAGUGUGACUUGAACAGAUUUAUCUUCUGAAAAAUUACCUUCUGAAUACAGAAAUCUUAACUUGUAAAGCCUAGCACAAGGAGCGUUAGAUCUCCUUUUCAUUUUCACGAGACAAGAGCUUCUUCUCCAGCUCACCUGAUCAAAUAGAAUCCUCCUGGUCCAAGUCCCUUAUUUAACAACUAAAAUGACACUACAUUCAAAGGAUAGUAAUAUUCCACCCGGAUCUGCCUGGCCCUUUCAUUUCAUUUUUCCCUUCUGCUGUUUACGGGACUUCAGGUGAAUUAGCAUGGAAGGCAUGGUUCCUACAGGUGACAUCUAUAAGGCAUUGCUGACUGCAUGACAGCUGCCAUCUGCAGCUGUAGACUGCCCUUCUGCUAGCAGCAUGUUCUUGGCUCCGCAACCUGCUUGGAUCACAGACGUCUGAUGCAAAGGCCGGCCAGUCCUCACCGAGUUCAGCUGACGCUGACACCAAACCCUUCACACGACUGGGGAGACGCCGCCUGAUCAGAAGUGGCGGUUCCAUUUCUGUAAAUGCAGUGGGUUCUCCAGGCUGUCCGCUCCCCCCCUGCAUCGGGCUGUGUUCUUUCAAGCCAUUUUGGAUGCUUGGAACACACAUUUGUCCAGCGUAAACAUUUCAAAAUCGCCACUGACAACAGCAGCGUCAUGUACCUGCGGUCAGCAUUAGUGGCAGGUCUGCAAGAUCCUCCUAAUGACUCCUCUCAGUGACAAGCCACUGCACAAGCAAAAACAGCCCAUUGGAUACAGAAUAAUCAAAAUAUAAAAAUCACUUAAACUGCUGAAAGAAGCUAGGCAAGGGCCUGAACAUCAGCUCUGUGUGACCAUUAUUUAAAUGCAGUCUUCAGUUCUGUCUGUGCUUCAGGAUGGAGACUCUGACCUGUGUGGCCACCGCAGAAGCCACCUGCUGCCUCCCUAGCUAAGCUGGUUGGCCUCCACCUUCCCUCUCCCGGUUAUUUUCUCUAGUGCUGCUUUGUGCUGAAGGAACAUUUAGUUUACUGCACUUGAUCUGUAAAUGGACUUCGAUUCUUUGUAAUUUUAGGGGGUUAAAUUUGGUGGUUAAUUUAAAAAAAAAAAAAGCAAAAAAACCCCUCAAUGUUGCCUUUACAUCACAUAUAAAUAACUGUGUUUCUCUUUUCUUGAAGGGUGAUAGAAGCACUGAUUAGUAGCAAAAUCUUGUUUUAGCUUUUGGAUUUUUUUGUGCUGGAUUUUUUUACGUGUAAAUUUCCAAUAACAUGUCAUUUCUAUAAGAUUUGUUUAAAAUCAUGUACCUCUUAUUGGAUGGUAUAAAAAUGCUCCAUAUUUUGUAAACAAAUCUGAGCAAAGUGUGUGUGCAUAUAUUCUGUAUAUUCAUAUAUGUAUAUUCUGUGUAUAUAUACACUAGUGUGUAUAUAUACAUAUAUACACACACACGUAUAUAUAUACACACAUGCCUAUGUGUGUAUAUAUAUACAUAUCUAUAUAUCUAUAUAUAUAUAAGUGUUUUCUCUUCCAGGCUAGUGAAAACAAUGUGGUGCAUUGGCGUUUCCCUUCCCUGCCCCCCCAAGAAAAUAAUGACAGUUGCCUCUAAAUGAGUGAAUUAAAAAGAGAGUCCAUUUAAGCUGAAUGGUGUGCCUUCCUGUGUAAGGAGCCUGGCCAGUGUUUGUUACUUUUGCUGUGGAUAUGUGAAUUCAGAGCAGAUAAGUAUAAAUCUUUAAACUUGGUAUGUUUGUUUGAAGUGACAGGCCUGGUUGACACAGGUAAUAUUGUUGUCAUAUAUACUUAGACUGUGUAAGGCAUUUGACUGGUACUGCAUAAUAUUUUGACUGAAAACUAAAAGAAUACAAAAGUCAACAUGGCACACAUUAAAUGGAUUAAAAUGUG